GUAAGUUCUAAGCCUACAUGCAUAAAUAGGAUUAUGACUUAUCAUGUCGUCUGUCUUUGCCGCUAUUCACGAUUCUCUCAACCUUGGAAAUGUUUUUCUGCUGUCACUUCUUGUGUUUCUUCUGCAUCACUUGAUGGUCCUCUACGAGUUCAGAAACAUGCCACCGGGUCCACGUUUAUCCUCCCUUCCUGUGUUAGGGAACAUAUUUUCCCUCGAAGUUAACGCCGAGAAAUUAACGGACGCCUUCCGAAGGUCAGUAUGAUGAAUCGAUCAUCGAAGUCGUUUGCCACAGUUGACACUGUAAAAUGAUUCGAAUGAUCAUUUAUUAUAAAUCAUUUAUCAAAACCAUUCCUCAGUUGAUUUCAAUUGGGAAUACAGUUAUAGAAAAAUUGCCGAGUUCACUGCAGUAACAUCACAGAAUGGAAAUUGUUGUGCGAACUAUUUUUAUUCACUUGCAUAUUUUAUGUGACUUAUGGCCACGGCUUAUGGCCACUGAACAGUCUAUUUGCUAACGUUUCGCCCCACCUAAAGUAAUCCGGAUUUCGGAAUAAAAGAAAACAAGGUGUUUUGUUGAAUGUGGAAUCUUGAGCUUUGGAAUCCGCAAUUCAGCUCAGGGAAUCCAGAAUCAAUGUUCCACUGACAAGGACUCCGCAAUCCAGUUAUUACAUCAUGAUAUAUAAGUAUAAGCAUAAAAUUUACUCCAGGGGGGAUACUCUCCUAUAAAAGUAACGGGUGUGCUCGUCGUUUAAAUUUGCGGCCCGCUUAGGGCGCUAAAAUCUAAAAUGACUGCUGCCAGAGUUGCCUCGGUAAGAUUUAUGACAAUACUUCCAAAUAGUCUUUGAGAAGAAAGUGUUCGAAAGCUAUUUUCAUUACCAUUAAAAUUUGGAGUGCCAGUUAUAUAAUUUGUUGUUGCUGAAUUGGUGCCUGUUAGGGGUGGAAAUGAAUUUGGGACACGCACGUAAAACAAGAUUGUGGUACCUUUUAGGGGUGUUCUCGAAAUUUUCCGACAAGCAGUCUCGUCACUUUUAUGGGGGAGUACCACCCCUUUGGAAUAAGAGUAUAAGCACUAAAUUGAUGUAGACGUAUUAAAUUCUGCAAGCAGAAGACUGCGAUACUGAUCGUACUACGUGAAAAUUAACUCUGCACGACAUCAACACGACACCGAAAGAACUCAAAACAGAGCGGGAUUGUAGCCUAGACAGCUGUUUCGCCCUUUUUGGGGUUCGUCAGUAUGGCGCAACAACCAGAGAAAACUCUUAUGAAAAAUAUCCGCGCACUCUGAUUUUAAGCCCUGACCUAGAACUCUCAACACCCACGGAAUCACGCCAUAGCACGUGUCUUCUGGGGGGGCAAGAGUCCAAGUGUCAAAUUGCUGUCUCGCAGGGAAAAAAAAUAAAGAAUUGGCCAAAACCAAUUGCAAAAACAUGGACAAAAUCAUGCAAGAAUUGCAGCAUAUCGGAUCUAUAAAAGAUCUACGGCCCAAAAAUUCAUAAAAUACAAACAUUAACCACAAAGGACUUCAAAGGACGGCAAACGAACUAUGCCGAAGAACGUAGGAUGUUAAUUUCUCAACGAUGGUUUAAGUUAAGUAUAUUGUAGUGAAUAGAAAGGUCAGUCUUCGUCCAGGGAUCACCUUUUUUAAGACUUAAUUCAUACAUCCGGACUCCAUUGUUCGAUAGGGGGAUAAUACUGUCAGUCUAAACUCUAUACAGUGGAUAACGCAAUUGGUUUGAUCUCUAAUACUUAUCCGCUAUAUAGUGAUUUAUCCGGUGGAUAGAACUAAUUCAACGUUAGACUAAUUCGGGCCUGAGGUGUAAAAGGGGGUUGCUCAUACUCAGCCUCGCUCGCCAGUGAUGCGGGGGGGGGGGGGGGGGGGGGUGAUGGAAGCCCUCCCUAGAGUUUUUAAUAUGUUGCACUAUUUCGAAACGGUUUUGCCUUCAGUGGAAAGCCUUUGAUCUUCACAACGAUAUAAGGUAUAUCUUAUGAGUGGUGGCGCCACAAGAGGCCUGUGACGUCACCAACGAUGGCUGCCAUCUUGCCCUCCAUCUUGGAUUUUACCAAGAAUUAGAAGUCAGGUUAAAACCGCAAGAAAUGGUAAUUUCUUGCGCUUGACAUACAAAAUAACACAUAAAUAAGCACUUUGCAUCAUUUUAUCCACAAUCUUUACUUUUUUGAAGGUGAGAAGACAUGCAUUUUCUCACAAAAAUGGCUUGCCACCUGCUACUUAUGACGUCAUAUCUCGUAACUAUAAUAACUAUCACUAAAGGUCACAAGAUAAGCAAUAGGCCCUUGCGGUCAUCCCACAGAUAAAGUACGCUUGAGGAGGAGACCGCUGACCGCAUUGGCUUGCAAUUUAACUUGGCCUAAAUUACAUUUAGCCACAUUAAACUUGUCUCAAAAUGCGCGGUAAGGAUAAACGAACAGCUUCUGAAAAGGUCAUGUGCUGAUGUUAAAAUUUAGAAAAAUCCUGGGGGGGGGGGGUUAGGAAGCCACCCCCCUCCUUGUACGUCCGAGGGUUAAGGGGAACGUUUCCUCUGUGGCAUUGGUCGCCAGUGUUUGCUUAUUUCUCACUUUUAGUUUUAUGAUUAUUUUCUUGAGUCAACCCUUUCCCGAGUAGAUUUGUAAAUAGAACGGCUUGUUUCCCGCGAAAAGUGUCAAAGUGUAUUUCCGUGAGCCAAGGAAUUUUUGACAUCGCUCUCCAGUCCAAAGACACUCUUAUCUCAAGAAAAACAAAAUGUAUUGUGUCUGCGACAAAAGAAUUAUGACUGACUAACAGGACAAUUCUCAGCAGUUAAUGUAGAAGUUCAGGCUCAAUUCUUUCCUUCGAAUUCGCAUCUGUAGGUCACUUUUUUGUGAGAAAACAAUGGCUGGGCCCUGCGUUACAAAACAUAGCAGGGAAUCAUCCCACUAGCUGGCGGACAAAACAACCACAAGUACUACAACUAUUUUUUUCAGAUAAACGCAUUUCAGAAGGAAAAAAACCUUGAAAAACUAGAAAUUUGAUUAAUAUUGAGUCAUUUAGCCGAAAUGAAAACCUUAACGCUUAAAAAAAAUUGGCUAAAGAAACGAAUCCUUUCAGAACUACAGACUGAGGUAGUAGUUAAUCAUUAUGCAUGUAACAGGCCAGCUUCAUGGUCUCUCAAUGCGAGACACACAGCCAAAAUUUUAAAGAUUAACAUAGUCAGAGUUUAAAACUCUCCACAGUAGAAUCUACAGGCCAGAAAGAAGAGAAAGAAAAUCUCUGAGGGAUGAAAACGCUAAAGUCACGUUUCACUAGCUUAUGAUUGUUUGGCCUGUCAACACCGAAUUUCCUGUUGUUUGAUGAAGUACAAUAGCAGUGUCAUUUCGUCGUUGUGAUUGGCUCUUCCCACCUUUGGCGCGCGAAGUCUCCCCUGGGAACCGUUCUAAUUAUAAAUCUACUCGGGAAAGGGUUGGCUCCAAGGGCUUGUAUGGGAGAUGGAGGCUCCAUUUGAUGGGCUCCUGUGAUUAUUAAAUCGUCACACAAUUCGUUCAUCCAUCACUGUAUUUACUAUUGCAGCCUUAGGGAAAACUAUGGUGGAAUCUUUUCCCUGAAACUUGGAAGCUAUAAGGUCGUCAUGGCUGCAACUUCUGAGGCUGUUAAAGAAAUGCUGGUGACGAAAUCUGGGGACUUUGCUGGGAGGCCACAAACGUUUGCCUUCUAUAACAUAACCUUAGGUGUGUUUAGCUUAAUGCUGACCCACAGUCGGAGACAAAAUUAGUUGAGGUACUGACACUUUCCGUCCUUAGCUAGAUUUGUCACUAUCUCAGUUAUAAAAAGGGUACUUUUAGCAAGCCCUCCUUCCCCUACCACACUCAUAGCCAAACAAUAUUGUGCCGCUGUUUAAGCUCCUUGAUGGGGGAAAAAGGCCUACUCUGGUUGGCGGCAUAGUGGGCGUUCAUGCAGUAUUUUUUCAAGACUUGCCCUAUUUUUUGACUAUCGACAGUAUCUCCUCAAUUUUAUCUCUGAUUGUAGCUUUGGGCGAUUUUACGUAAACAGCAUUACGCAAAUUAUAUCUCGCUCACAUUUUUGCAAAUCAGAUUAAAAUAUUUUAAUAUUUUAUAUUCUUCUCCUAUUACUUAAUUAACUUUAUGUAUAAUCCAUAAUCAGUUAGUUAGCCUCAAGUAUAUCUUGCUCACAUUUUUGCAAAUCAGAUUAAAAUAUUUUAAUAUUUUAUAUUCUUCUCUGAUUUCUUAAUUAACUUUACGUAUAAUCCAUAAUCACUUGGUUAGCCUCAAAAGCGCUUGUCUCGUCCGACGUCUGUAUCCUUGAUAAUCAUGUAGUAAUCAACCUUCAAAAUAUUUCUUUUUUUUUCUUAACGAUAAAGAUAUCAAGAUUACAGUUUUCUAAAUAGCUAUUACCCGCGCCUAUUUAAGGGAAUCCAAAACAACCUCUUUGAUUCUGGACUCCACACCUUGGAUACUGGAUUCCGGAUUAUUUAUCAGUGGAACCUGGAUUGCGCAUUUCAGUCGUUAGUGGGAUUCCGGAUCCUUUGAGCUGUUCUCGGGAUUCCAAAUCCGAGGAUUUCGGAUUCCACAAGCGAAAAAUUGUCGGAUUCCGGAAUCCGGAUUCCCGUACUUGGGGCGAUACUAGAAGGCGCAAAGGUACUUAUUAGUUGUUCCUGUAUGCUUGGGACAAGAUCACAAGGUAAGACCGCGCCUUAAUAAUCUAUCGAUGUCCCUUUUUACAUUUAGGUGGUAAAGACAUCAUUUUGGGUAACUGUAGUCCUGCCUGGAGGUUUCAUCGCAAAAUCUUCACCACCGCCUUGCGCCAGUACCUCUCAAAUACUCCUCUGACAGAAAGUCGUGUCAACACACAGGCCAAAAAGAUGGUGAACUUCAUGAGACAGCAGGAUGGCAAACCAUUUGAUCCCGCCGACUGCUUGAUGCGAACUGUUGCUGACGUUAUUUGCGGAAUAAUAUUCAAAGAAGGUUGCGAUACCAUGAACCAAGAUCUAGAAAGGCUUUUAAAACUCAACGCAAACUUUAUAGCAAAUGCAGGUGAUAUUCAGGAGGCUACCAUUUUGGACUUCUUCCCUUGGGGACGUUACCUACCCGUUAAGUCUUAUGAUCGUAUCUUUAAAGUAUUUGAUGAAAUACACUCUAUUAUUCGUAAAUUCGUGAGAGAAAGAAAAGACACAUUUGAUCCAAGUGAAAAAGUGGGAGAUUUUCUGGCGUGUCUUUUAAGUGCCCAGCAUGACCUCCAGUGUGAGAGCUAUGAAGAAGAAAGGGCCCUCCUGUCUGAAGACCAUUUCGUGGUCGCCAUUGAGGAUAUGUUCCUUGCUGGUUAUGAAACCACCAGCACCACACUGAGGUUCGUCAUUUCCUUCUUAGUCAGAUUUCCAGCUUAUCAAAAGGACAUUCAGCGCCAGUUGGAUGAAGUUGUUGGCAGUCGAAAGCCGUCUCUAGAUGACCGCCCAAAUCUGCCUCUCAUCCAAGCCACGAUUUUAGAAGCACUCAGAGUUGGAAACGUGUUGCCUCUUGCAGUAUCUCAUGUCGCUCUUACUGAUACGACACUUUGCGGUUACCGCGUUCCCAGAGAUACCAUUGUCUUUGCUAACACAGAGUCUGUGCAUCUAGAUCCCAGCUGCUGGGAUGACCCCGACGUUUUUAAUCCAUACCGCCAUAUUGAUGCAGAUGGAAAGCUAAUCACCAAUCAAGGUAAUUUUUAUCCAUUUGGAGCCGGUCGUCGGGUUUGUGCUGGUGAAUCUCUAGCUAAAGUUGAGCUGUUCUUGUUUGUCUCUUGGUUGCUUCAGAGCUUUACCUUCAUCCAAGUGGAGGAGAAUCUUCCGAAAUUAAAGGGAGCUUUUGUACAGUUUCCUGAUCGGUACAAGAUACGUGCCAUUAAACGAACGCUACCAACAGGCAAUUAA